GUUUGACUGAGGAAGAAUAAAGUAGUCGUGCUCUCUUUACCAUAAAGGACCUCUACAGCGACCGUAUCACUACUGCAGCUACCCCAAUCUGUCUGUCACUCUCCUCUCCCCACCAGUGAACAGCAGACUUGGCGCUUUGAAGCUUUGACUUUAAAUUUUCUCAGAUGUUCUUCUAAUUUUCAUAGACAAGGUUGGAGGAAGAGGGACUCAAGAAGUUAUCAUUGGAGACGAUGCCUGACACUGACACUGACACGUUUCGGCGCAUCCGCAGACCUAAACCUCCAUCUGUGGUUGUAGGAUGUUUCCAGGUGAUUUCGUGCGUCAUGCCCAUUGCUCAGUUCGUUAUUGGAGCAUUGUACCAGUUUGACUGCCCCAGGCAGCCCUACAUUCCCAUCUACCUGCUGGUGAUGGGAGUAGUCUCCAUACUGCUGGCUCUGCUCUCCAUCCUUCCGUGUCACGCAGGCUUCGGCAACCAAAGCGGCGCCUGGAGCUGCCUCGUCUUACUCUUCUUCUUCUGCUGGUUCAUUGCUGGAAAUGUGUGGAUCUACUCCGUCUAUGAACCCAACUACAAUAAGACAGUAAGCAGGGAUGUGUACUGCAACAAGACACUCUACCUGUUUGCCUUCUGGACCACCAACAUGAGCUACGUCCUGUUCGGCUUUUUGCUUUUCUGUACCUGUUGUCCGUGGUGUCUGUGUGGUGAAGAUUAAAAUACAUACACAAAAUAUUUUAUGGUACAGACUUGAGAUCAGCGACCCACAUUUACAUACUGCUAGGAUGGGCUGAAUUUUAACAGUAAGGGGCACAAGCUCAGUAACCUCAGUAACCACGCCAAUAAGUCAAACCUUAUUGGCGUGAACUUUCAACGAAAUCUAUCAUGGGAACAAUAAACUACCACAUUGUAACUGGUUCCCUUCAUAUGAGAAAAAUAAAAAUAUUUCAGUCUUUGUUUGCCGUCAUCACUUUUUAAUUUAAUCUCUCCAGCUAUGUUAGUUUUUAAUUCCUAUAACUGUCAUGUUGUGUCAAAUUUGACUGAUUUAAAAGUUUUAUGUACCUAAUUUGAUUAGACUGACCUAAGAUUCCAUGACUUUGUCCACAAAGAGGAUUUCAACACAAAAAUAAAUUGGAUUCAUCUGCAUCCAA